AUGUCAAAUGAAACAGCGUCUAUGAGAGAAAUACAACACAACCGACAACUCAUUAUGCAAGCUCUAAAUAAGAACACAACAAACUUUUCAAACUAUUCUAAGAUAUCUGAGUCAUUGAAAGAAGGAAACUUAAAACUGACAUUAAACCCAAUGACAGAUGAGUUUCUGUUUCAAGACAAUAAGAACCAUACUGUCUGUAUAAAUCCAACAAAAGGAACUUUAAACGAGAAACCUAUAAAUGAACUUCUUUUGAAAGCAGAUGUUGACAACAAAGCUGACAAAGAAUAUGUCAUUGAAAAAGUUCAAGAAGAACAUGACAGAGCAGAUGCAACAUAUGCAACAAAAGAGGAUGUUGAAAAGAAAGCUGACAAAGAGUAUGUAGAUGCAACAAAAGACUAUAUUUUCGCAUGGACAGAUAGAGCAUACUCACAAAAACACCAUACACAUAACAUCUAUGACGUAGAUGAACUUCAAGAAAAGUUAGAUGACAAGGCGGAUAAAACAUAUGUUGACAAUAAAAUGUCAAGUGAAGUGACAAGAGCUGACAAAGAAUAUUCUAAAAAGACUCAUACACAUACCAUUGCAAAUAUUACAAACUUACAAGAAACCUUAAACAAGAAAAGUGACGUUGGACAUACACACGAUUUCUUCGCAACUGUUGGUAUAGAAAAUAUUGAAGGAACGGUUGAAGAAACUGGUGGGGAUGUAUUAAAUUGGAAACCUCCUAA